AUGAACUCAUCGGGACAAACUGGUUGUGUGGCAGUCAAGAUGAUACGAAGAGGCAGUGGCCGGACACCCCCAUUUAUUGUGGUGGGUUUAGUCAUAAUAAUCCUCAUCUUCGGCUUUAAUUACUGGACGUUAUCUUCACAAAAUGCCGACGCACAACAAGAACUGGAAAAAUUACAAGCAGAGAUUAAAAUAAGUGCCAUGAAGCAGGAACAGUCGGACAACAAGAACGCAGCACUACAAGAAACCGUACAUGAAAUGGACGGUUUAUCUGCCAAGUUAAAAAAGAAGUUAGAAGAGGGCGAAAACUUUCUGAAGAACAAGGAACAGGAUAACAGCAAGAAAACUUAUGAGAUAACUGACUUGAAGAACAAACUGAUCAAGAUGCAAGAACGCAUUGAGACAUUAGCACAACAGAUAGAAGAUCGUGAUGCUGAUCUUGUCAAGGCCAAGGACACCCACCUCCGCCUUGUCACAGAGCGGGAUGAUGCGGUGGAGGCCAUCGCUGAGAAGGACACUCUCAUCAACACACUAAAACGACAACUUGAGCAGGUAACAGUGAAAAGAACACAUCUCACAAUUUCACUAGCAACUUGUAAUUCAGAACUUGUAGCACUUAAGAAAGAGUGUGAGGAAAUUCAGAGUGCUUCAGAUGGAUUAGCUGAUAUUGUUGUUCAGACUAAACGUGACGUGGAGCGCGAGUUUGAAGCCAAGAUGGGGACCGUCAAGGAACAACUGGCAGAGGAGAAGUCAAGAAAUGGGAUUCUGAAGACCAAUGUGGAUAGUGCGAAUGUCAAAAUAGCAAACACUGUUGCUGAGCUGACUGAGUGCCAGGAUAAUGUGUCAAAGCUCAAAGCCUCAGCGGUAGCACAUGAGGCUGAUCACACGAAGGCGAAGGAUGAAGCAGCAGCGGUGCAGCGAGAGAAGAUGGCCGUAGCUCAGCCUAACAUAGUCCCCGGUCCCAUGAACUUACCUAAUAUUGAAAACAGAGAGCCUUACUAUGGGCCUGGCCAACUGGGCUACGUCAGGAGGGGGGCUGUCAACACACGAGACAAGGGAAUGCAAGGCAUCACGUUCCAUCGUGAGAUUCCCAUCGUUCCAAGAGAUCCCCCUAAUGCUCCCCGCAAGAAACCCAGGUUCAGUGUUGCUGAUAUGCCCAAGGAACCAGCAGCAGCACAGAAUGCACCGGUAGCCAAUGCCAUACAAGACAGUGGAGUACGAGACACGUUAAUCGCCCCUCAACCCGUCAACUCAGUGCUCCCCGUUGACAGAAACCCUCAACCUGUAGAGCAACUGAACCCAAAUGAAGGAAAUCCACAAAUCCAGCCACCAGCAGGACGAUACAUAAUCCCCGCCCCCAUACAAGAGUUCCAUGGUUUAGCCAAGCCUCGGUUUUCUAAGGUCACCCAGGCUCAUGUCCUUCAGCAACCCCAGGUUAAACCAGUCCAAGGACCAGCAGUUGUAGAGCGGCCAGCGCCUCCAGUGGCCGAGAAUAAUCAACCCAUCGCUGCACCUGUAAACCCUGCGGCUAAUCCAGAGGGCCAGGAUCCACACAAUGAUGUGCUUGCUCCCCCGCCCCAGCACAAUGAGGCCCAGGACCAAAGAGUAAAGGAUAUACCAAGGGAUAAAAGAGACAAUUUGGACGCAGCCAUAGACGAAGAGGAGAAAAUCGUUGAGGACCUCAUGGAUGACCAAGACGAAGAAGGGAACGAGGUCAAGCACAACAAUGAGAACGUAGAUGAGGACAACGGCCAAGAGGACAACAAAGACCUCGGGAGGAGCGGCAACCUCGUGGGAGCUGUGGAAGUUCCUCAGCAGUUCCAUCAACAAGAAGACACUCACCAGGAUAUGAACUUAGGGGAAGACCUCACAAACCAAGGCAACUAUUAUGAGACGAACCUAGAUAACAACAUCCGGAACCUUCGAAGACCUCCAGAAUUGCAUUGAUGUUUUUGAUAGGGAAGCGGUUAUGUCAUUUAAUAUAUCGAAGAAAUAACAGAUAAAUCUUUGAUAAGUGUUUUAAGUGAUUUCUAGUUUACAUCAGUGGUAUAAACAGCAGUGUGUGUUUUAUAUUGUGAGGACAAUUACACAAUCUAACUUAAAGACAAUUGGACUACAUGUAUAUUACUGUAUUCAUUCAUACAUAUUCAUACUUUUGUUUACCGUAAAUACAUCAGUACUAGUAUAGUGAUUCCUACAACGUAUCUGUAUCAGAUUAUGAUGACAUGAUACUAGUACAGAAAUAUUUGUAUAAUUUUUGGAUUUAUUGUAAAGGAGAAGGGCAUUAUUUUAGGUUUGAUAUUAUAUAUGUUUACUAAUGAUGAAGAUGAUGAUUGUACAUGUAUAACUAACACAUGUACAAAAAUAGUAAAUUAUAGUGUUCAUUAAGUCUAUUGGUGUAAUUUGGGGGGGAAAGGAACCACUCUGUAUUUCACAGGAAUAUGGGCAUGAGUAAAGAACUGUAUACAAGUCAAUACAUAAUUCACUCACUUUUGUAACCUUAGUGAUUUUUUAGACAAAUAUUAACUUCCUGUGUCAGUAAAACCAUAUUUUAUAUAUCUUUGAAAUCACUAUAAAUUGGAGAAAUAAGUUGUAUUUACUUUUUGUGGUGUUACAGAGACUUUGGUGAUCUGCCAUGGUGAUGUACAGUUGCCUGCACUUAUACCUGGUACAGUUGCAGAAGUGUGUGAAAUGUAGCAAUUCUGUGGAAUGUUUAUUAAGUAUCCAUAAUCUGGCUAUUAUUGUGGCAUUCCUUAGAGUCAUUCAAGGAGUUUUAAUAAGAUAUAAACAUGUACAGAGUUACCGCAUCUCACAAAACAUGCCAGCAUAUCAGGCAUCAUUAAUCACACUGAGGAGGAUGUUUUGGGUGGCUCUGGGGUGCUUCAUGGACUACUGUACAUGUACUGACUAAACACAGUCUUAAGUGGUGCCAUGCAUCUCCUACAGAUGGUUUUAGAAUUAUAAUUUUAAGAAUUAUGUAGCAGCAAUGUGCACCAAUUUUUUUUUUGGGGGGGGGGGGAGUCAUUUACAAGAUGGGUAAGACACUUAAGGUUUAUACUGUACUGUACUGUGUAUUAUUGAUUAAACUCUUAAAAAAUACGAGAUGCCCAGGAAGUGUUAUGAUGCAUGUUGGUUACUAUGCUUGUGAUCAGAUAUUGGCAGUCAUUUGUUUUUUUAAA